AUGGAGCAAUCCUACAGAUCUACAAUCUCCAUCUACAAGAACAUCUUGGAACAGUUUAACCCAGCUCUGGAGAAUCUGGUGUACCUGGGUAACAAAUAUGUGCGAGCUUUUCAUGCACUAUCUGAAGCCGCUGAAGUCUAUUUUACAGCAAUUCAGAAGAUUGGGGAACAAGCCCUGCAGAGCUCCACCUCACAAAUACUAGGUGAAAUCUUGAUCCAGAUGUCUGACACCCAUAUGCACUUGAACCGCAACUUGGAAGUAGUAGCACAGACCUUCCAUGUGGACCUGCUGCAGCACAUGGAGAAAAACACCAAACUGGACAUGCAGUUUAUCAAUGAAAGCCGCCAGCGAUAUGAAAAGGAAUACCGGCGAAGGGCUGCCAACAUAGAUAAAUGCAUGUCGGACUUAUGGAGAAUGGAGAGAACUCGAGACAAGAAUGCCCGAGAGAUGAAGGAGAACAUGAUGCACUUGCACACAGAGAUGCAAGCCUUUGUCAACGAGAGUGAGUGGGCUGCCGAGCUGGAGGAGAAACGCCGCUAUCGCUUCCUCGCUGAGAAGCACCAGCUGCUUUCCAAUACAGUUCUCCAGUUCUACACCAGGGCCCGGGGCAUCAUCCAGAACAAGGCACCGCUAUGGAAAGAGCAGUUGGAUGCCUCCCGCAAUCCUACGCAGAACUUGCUCAGCGCACCGCCCAGCCAGGGCCACCCAUCGGGACAUGUGACUCCUACCCAUCUCGAGAUGCCCCAGAGACCUCUGAGUGAGUUCAGUUCAGUGAUGACGGGACGAAGCCCCAGCCCCUUCCCCCAGGAACCAGGAGAAAUUAUGCCUUCCCCUCAGCCAGAGCCAAGAAGGAGAAACCUGCCAAGAACCCCCUCUGUUGGCUCACUCUCCACUGGCCAACGUUCUCGAUCUAGUUCCUUUGGAGACCAGGUGGCAGGGGGAGCAGAAGCAGGCAGUAAAGAGGGAAGCAACAACAACGUGCUGAAAGUCCAAGCAAUAGCUCCUCACUCGGCUGGUUCCAACCGGACUCUUUUGCAAUUCAGCCUGGGAGACAUAGUCACCGUGCUGAUACCAGAAGCGCAGAAUGGCUGGCUGUAUGGCAAGCUGGAAGGUACAUCCACGAGUGGUUGGUUUCCGGAAGCAUUUGUGAAGCCACUGGAAGAGGCAAAAGACCCUGAAGAUACAUCCCCAAGAACGUUCCCUCUGAGAGGCAGCCACAGUGUGGAUGACCUCCUGGAUAGGCCCAGUGCCCCAUCUGUGGGCAAUUACUGGCCCAAUCCUAGCAGACCCCAGUCACCAAGUCCUUCUCCUGCUUUGCUGGGGGCAGGUAGUCGCCGAAGUAGCGUAGCUAAUGCUGCAGCUACCUCAGACUCCAAGAAGUCAGCAGGGUGGGAACAUCCUCCUGAAUUGUUUCCAAAAGGUACCAACCCUUUUGCCACUGUCAAACUACGCCCAACCGUGACCAAUGACCGUUCAGCACCCAUCAUCCGGUGAAAGCUGGCCACAGAUUUGGGUGGGUGGGUGGCACAGAAAGUUGUACAGUAUGAUAUUUCCCAUUCCUGAGACAGGCCAGCAUUGUCUUAGAGCUGUUUCUCACAAAGUGGCUUACCUGGAUGCAGCUAUCUUGUUCUUUUCUCUUCUUUAUUUUCUGUACCUUCUAUGUUGUAAUUGUCAGUAGGUCCCCAGCUGAUUCUGGUUUUUUUCCCUUGAAGGCCUUUACGCAUGAUCAUUUACCUUGGUGUAAACUAUACAUUUCUUUCCUAUUUGUAGUACACAGCUGGGCAAACAUUGUCCCCAGGUUGUGCUUCUUGUUCUUGGGACAUCACAUUUUUCUGAACAAUCAAAGGAUACAUUAAGCCACAUAGUGUAUUAAUAACCUUUGUUAACCAAGUGUGAGUUGUGAUAAUGAGAGUCUGCUGGGUAUCCUUUGUGAAAUAGUUUCAGGGCCAAACCACAUGCAUUUAUCUAAUUUAAAACUUAGCCACAGAGGGGAGGGGUUUCAGAGGCAGCUCCAAAAUUGGACUGGAGAAACGGCACUGAGGAGUUGGUGCUUAACCUUCCAGUUUUCCUGAUCUAAAUUGCCUGAAUCUUCUUAUAGUUUCCACAGCAUCAUACAACAGCUUUGAGGACCAAUUGAGAUUGGGGAAACAGAACUGGAGUGGGGAAGGGCUGAACACCCCCAGUGCCACUGAUGUGAUCAAAUUUCAAAGACCCCUGUAAUUGCUUUUAAGUAAAGAUGAAGACAUUGGGGGAAUCUGAUCAUGAAUCUCCUGGAUAAUAUGCAGUAUAACCCUUGGACGGACAGCUACACAACUCUGCCCUUUCUUGUCAUAUUUUAUAAGUUGCUGCAUGCUUUUUUGUUUUGUUUUAGAGAGGGGUUUUUUUUGGGGGGGGGUAAGCAGUUGUGCUAUCCAGCUCAUGAAGAGCAAUACACUUCAACCCCACCUCCCUCCACACCUUUUCUUUUCUUUUAAGUUUUAGGACUUUAAAAAUAUGUAUAUAUUUGGAGGCUAUGCAUUCCACUACUGCCUAACUUGUGGAAUUAUUUUUUUUAAGUGCAGUGACCAGUAACAAGACUAUUCCCUGUCCCCAACCCACCUUUUAUGCUUAAUACUAUGCAUGAAAGAGAGUCCUCACUGCUGUUGCUGAAACAUUACUUGUGUUUUGAAGAAAAGAUUAAAAUACAGCCAGGCCUCUUUACCAAUUUUGUUUUUAAGUGUACAUUAUUUUUUUCCUGAAAAUAUAAAGUGUGGGUGUGAUACAGGUUUGUUUAAACAAAUAAACAGGUGCAUAAAGUGUAAAUGUACUUGUCAGAGAGCUGAAAUCAACUGUAGCUCCCUACUGAAGUUCACCCGUGGUGGCAAUUUCACACAUUAUGCCAUUUGUGUGAAAAAGUGCUCAGAACAUGCUGUAAUCCUGCACAAAAUCCCUUAGAAUUCUCAUGGGAGAUGCAUGCUUGUUCUCUUGCCCAGCAGACAGCUCUAGAAAGGCUCUGAGAUUGUGUGGGGAUAAGUAUAGGUCAGCAUUCAGGGUAUUUUGAAGAGAGCAAUGUCAGUUAUUGUCCUGCAGGGGGUGGGGGCAGAAAAAACAGACUGAAAAGAAUCCAAGCCAGUCCUGACAGUAGAUGAAAGAAAUCAUUCAAAGCAUUUUCUUCAAAAAAGCACUGAGAGGUACCACAUUUGCUCACUGAAGAGGGAGAAAGGUCUAGACUGCCAGGUACUAUGGCUGUUGGACACCUGACUCAUGCUGAGAUGCACCUAGGUAAUUUUGGAGCCUGAACCUAAAGGCCUUUGGAGGGCUUCCCCUCCCCUGCAAAUUAAGCAUCCUCAUGCUUGGCCAGGUGACCAUGCCACCUAGAACAAACUAAAGGGGAUGCCCCAGGGACUGUGGAGGCCCUGGACUUUAGACCAGAAGUCUAGGGGUAAAAGUGCCUCUGGGCUCAUGUGACUUGCAUUCCAGAAGAAUAGUCCAUCACUUUAGGAUUUACAGGACCUCCUUCUUGAGGAUGCUUGGUUAUUCUCUAUCACACUUGGCCACCCACACUUGCCCACCGUGCCACCCACUUCAAUCAGCAGAACCGGGAAUGGUGGUAGAAUUGCUGCAAAGUUGUGCUGUGCUGCCUUGAUGUUUCAGUUUGGUUCUGUAAAUAGCAGUAAUAAUAUGGUGGGGGGUUUUCUGUUUUUUUAAGUAAGAAUAAAGUAAAAAAUC